AUGUCGAUGAAGAGAAAAUUGGCAGAACAUGAGUGUUAUUAUUAUCUAGAUACAGAUGAACAAGUGUUGCCUCAACCAACUGAACAAGAAAAAAGAGUCAAGUUCAUGCAAUUGUUCCAAAAGAUGUAUCAGCACAUGGAGCAGGAUACAGCAUUUUGUAUCACCACAGAUUAUAGAAGCAAUGCGCGACGUGUAGCACUUCGCGAGAAACGUCUGGAUUACAAAAAGAAAUUGAAGAAAGUUGGCCUGUCUGAGAUUCCAAUGGAAAAACGAUGGAGUAUCGAGGAUGAGCAUGAGUUGGAGCAAAUAGCCGAUGCAACUCGUCGUGCCUUUAUUUUUGCAUCUGUGAAACAAAUAAAUUCGCAUCCCUUUUUGGACGAUGUCUUAUUUUUUUGA